CCACUUCCGGAAGCAUGAGACCGGAAGUUAUCUGGUACCUCUGGAGCCCGGGAUACAAAGUACAGUCGGCUUCAUUGGUGGCAGUGAGAGCUGGCGGUUGGUCGGGAGACUAGCCGUUCAGUCUCGCCGCUGCUUAGGGGCGCGGUUCCGUCGUAGCACCACGGCCCCUUCCUCCCAGCCCCGAACCCGGCGCGGCUGCCCGGGAGGCUCCUUCAGGUUCCUUGACGCCGCUCCAAGGGGUGCCUACCUGGCAUCGCCUGGGCCUCCAGCCAGGGGACUGGCUCCCAGUUUCAGCACUCCAGGCCACAGUAAGGAGUGCCCUUAUCACACUGCGCCCUGUCGCCCUCCCUGAACCAUCGGGACCCUGGUCCAGAGCGACAGCCUCUGACCUGGGACUGGAAGAAUCCAAGACGCUCAGCCUUGGCCCCCCACAGACGGAGCUCUGCAUCGUCUCCGAUAUGUCACCCACCAUUUCCCACAAGGACAACAGUCGGCAACGACGACCAGGGACUUUCAACCAUUCUCUGGAUAUGAAGAGCGGUCCUCUGCCUCCGGGGGGCUGGGAUGACAGACAUCCGGACUUGGUGGAGGGGGAAGGGGACAAAGAAGCUCUUCUGCGGGAUACCGACUCUUGUGAUUUCUCAAAAACCGCACGGAGCUGCCGGGCCGAAUUAAGCAGCAUUUUGCUGUUGCUUUUUCUUUACGUUCUUCAGGGCAUUCCACUGGGCCUGGCGGGAAGCAUCCCACUCAUAUUGCAGAGCAAAAAUGUUAGCUAUACAGAUCAAGCUUUCUUCAGCUUCGUCUUCUGGCCCUUCAGUCUCAAAUUGCUCUGGGCCCCGUUGGUUGAUGCUGUUUACUUUAGGAACUUCGGUCGUCGAAAAUCUUGGCUUGUCCCUACACAGUAUACAUUGGGACUCUUCAUGAUAUAUUUAUCCACUCAGGUGGACCGUUUGCUCGGGAACACUGAUGGCCGAACCCCCGAUGUCGUUGCUCUUACUGUGACUUUCUUUUUGUUUGAAUUCCUGGCUGCCACUCAGGACAUCGCUGUGGAUGGUUGGGCGUUAACUAUGUUAUCCCGUGAAAACGUGGGUUAUGCUUCUACUUGCAAUUCAGUGGGCCAAACAGCGGGCUACUUUUUGGGCAAUGUAUUGUUUUUAGCCCUUGAAUCUGCCGACUUUUGUAACAAAUAUUUGCGGUUUCAGCCACAAGCCAGGGGAAUCGUUACUCUUUCAGAUUUCCUUUUUUUCUGGGGAACUGUAUUUUUGAUAACAACAACUCUAGUUGCCCUUCUGAAAAAAGAAAACGAAGUAUCAGUAGGAAAAGAAGAAACACAGGGGAUCACAGAUACUUACAAACUACUUUUUGCAAUCAUAAAAAUGCCAGCAGUUAUGACAUUUUGCCUUCUGAUCCUGACUGCAAAGAUUGGUUUUUCAGCAGCAGAUGCAGUAACAGGACUGAAAUUGGUAGAAGAGGGAGUUCCCAAAGAGCAUUUAGCCUUAUUGGCAGUUCCAAUGGUUCCUUUGCAGAUAAUAUUACCUCUGAUUAUCAGCAAAUACACUGCAGGUCCCCAGCCACUAAACGUAUUUUACAAAGCCAUGCCCUACAGAUUAUUGCUUGGAUUAGAAUAUGCUCUGUUAGUUUGGUGGACUCCUAAAGUAGGCCAUCAAGGGGGAUUCCCUGUGUAUUACUACAUUACGGUGCUGCUGAGCUAUGCAUUACAUCAGGUUACAUUGUACAGCAUGUAUGUUUCCAUAAUGGCAUUCAAUGCAAAGGUUAGUGAUCCACUUAUUGGAGGAACAUAUAUGACCCUUUUAAAUACCGUGUCCAAUCUGGGAGGAAACUGGCCUUCUACGGUAGCUCUGUGGCUGGUAGAUCCCCUAACAUUGGAAGAAUGUGUUGGAGCAUCAAACCAGAAUUGUCAAACACCUGAUGCUGUUGAGCUUUGCAAAAAGCUCGGAGGUUCCUGUGUUACAGCCCUGGACGGUUAUUACGUGGAGUCCGUUAUUUGUGUCUUUAUCGGAUUUGGUUGGUGGUUCUUUCUUGGUCCAAAAUUUAAAAAGUUACAAGAUGAAGGACCAUCCUCUUGGAAGUGCAAAAGAAGCAAUUAAUGCUUUCGCUAUUGGACAUUCUAGAAAGGUAACUAGUUUAGUUUUAAUUCAGAGAGCUAUGAUAAAUGGUGCACAGGAGUAUAAAAUACUGUUUUAAAGAAGGAAAUUGUUACUAUAAAAUGCCAAAUGGUUAAAAAUAGAGACUUCUCUGUAUAUAUUGGAUUAUAUUUUUCCUUGCCUGGUCAAUAUAUGUGAAGUUAAGGUCAGUAAACUAGUUCUAAAAUAACUGUUCUGGCCUUGUAAUUUGAUUUAUGUAUUUUUAACUUACUCACCAAAAUCUGUUUUGAACUGCAGUGCAGUAGUCAUGGGUGGUACCAUGCAGUCAAGUAUUGUUAUCAGUACCUAUCAUUUGAGCUAUAUUUAAAUUUUUGGUAAAAUAUAUUAAAUGGAACAAAGCUUGAUGUUUGGGUACUAGCUACAACUAGUCUGGCCUUGUUGGUAGUGAAAUCUUGUUUUGAAUUGCAAACUGGUUAAAUUCUAUGUGAAAUUUGCUAAGGAGAAUGUAGAUGCCAUUUUAGUUAUUUUUGUGACCAUAGCCACAUUAUACUAAUGAAUAUGUGUUAAAAAGACUAUUUUAAAUGUAUUUCCUGCUUUUGUAAGCAUAAACAAUUUAUAAGAAGAUUAUUCAAACUAUUUUUUAUAAAAUGAAAGCUGUGAUUUUUAAUUUAUUGAUUCCCUGCCCCCCUUCCUCACCCUUUUGGAAGGUAUUUGGAUUCCUUGUUAACUUUUACCCUAAAGCUUACUUACAUCUUUUUGUCAUAGUGCUUCAUGGCACACAGCUCAUGAGGGGACCAAAUUUAGUGUUAUAUGUAUGUUCAUGGAAAAAUUUUGAAAAUAAAAUUGAACAUUUUUCUUCAAGUAGUUUUUUUUUUUUGUAUUACUGAGAGAAGAAACAGUAAAGCUUCAGAUUAUGUAAGAUACAAAUGAGUAAUAUAAUUUUAAAGACAAGGGCUUUAAAGUGAGACAAAGGCAUUUUGUGCCUUUGACAAAUUAAAUCAUGUGUCAGAAGAAUUUUUCUUAAUUAAGCACUUUACUAGUGAGAAAGAUCUCAAAAUUAUACCAAAUCAAGUACUGUAUUUCCACUUACUAAAACAGAGUUUGUUUAUAAACUAUAGUUCCCAGUGAAGAAUUACUAUCCCAGGAGAAUUAUGCUUUUGAGUACUUUGGCAAUUUUCAACAUAUUAUAUAUACCUGGUAAUAAGAUUCUUUGCAAACUUUGUGUUGUUUAUUACUCUGACUCCUUAGAGAUUACAUAAAUCUUUCACAAAAAAAGAUAAAGAUGAAUUUUAGUAGUUUUAUCUUUGUGGGAAUGUACAUACUAACUUCUGAUUUUGUUAAUUUUAUGACAUAGGUUGAAUUUUAGAGUGGGGUUUUUUAUAAGUAAUGGAGGAUAAAAUGGAUAAAAUGGGUGGGAGAAAAUGGCUCUCAUCAUCUGAAGAAGGACAGAGGCAGUGGCCUCUAGAAUUCAUGCAUUACCAUUAGAAAGCCUGUGUUGGGCAUCGAUGUCAGAGCCUGAAGAAUCACCUGGAAAAUCACCCUAGAAACAAGGAGGCUACACCAAACCGUAGACUACAGUACUUUGUCACAUGGAUUGUCCAUUGUCUUGUAUUAUCAUCUAAAUGUUUACUUCAAUAAAGAAAAAAAACAUUUAACUCUCAUGUGAAAUGUAUUUUAAUUUUUAAUUUUUCGAUUUAAGAAGCUCACACUACCAUAAUUACCUUUUAUUUCUUCCCCAUUCAUAUUAUUACAAAUUAUACAUACUUUGAAAUAUAUGUUCAAGUCUACAAUUGUUAAUGACAUGAAAUACUAAGACAUAUUUUAGGCCUUUAACUGUAAGAGUCAUUAUUUGUAUUUGCUCUAGAAAUUAAGUUAUUUUCAACUGUAGUCAUUUGGCUAUUUGGGUACAUGCUUGUUAUGAAUGCCAAAAAUGACUUGUUAGUAGCUAUGUGCAACUAUGUUGCAUGUAUUGAUCAUUGAUGGCAUUUUGCAAAUGAUCUACUUGAUUCUGUGGCUCUGUUAUAAAUCAGUAGUAUUAGAAAAUACUACUUAUUUUUUUGUAUGUUUUUCAUAAUACUAAUAGAUCUUGAUAAGUUAUACCUUGGAGUAUGAACCUUAACUCUUUCAAUUUAGUAUGUAUUUACUUGCUAAUAUCAGUUUAAACAUCUCUCUGUGUUAAUAUCUCCAUUUGCACAUUGGUUGUAACCUGUAUAUAUCUGAGUUUGAAAAGCUCUUGUAAGAUUAGCUCUGACUAAAACUAAAAACUAUAUCUGUUGUAAAUAUUUAAUUUUGCCUAAUCAGUCAUAAAAAAUUUGUUCAACAGCUAAAACAGAUCUCCCUAUUUUGUAAAAACUUUAAACCUUUCAAAUCUAAAUCUAUUACUUGAUUUCAUCCCUGUAGUAUGAGGGCUUUUAACCUAAACAGAUGCUAGUGGGGUUGUGAAAUUUCUGAAUAGCUUGCAAAACUCUGAAUGUGUAAUUAUUGUCUUUCUGGAGAGAGCUUGUGUUAAAGAGUUUUUAAUGGAUUGUGAUCCAAAACACUCUCAAAGCCAUGGCCUAUUGAAUGUGGGCUAACUGUGAAUUAUAAACAUAAAUUUGAAAUAAUUGUGGUCUAAGUAUUUAAAACAACUUGAAAACAAUGUUAAAAGAAAAAUCCAUGAUGAAAACUGGAAAAUUUCUGUUUUUAAUACUGAACUUGAACCUUGAGGGAUUAUAGCAGAUAAUACAAAAGUGGUAGGAGAAGGGUGUAAGGGUGAAUUUUAUCCCACAAAAGACAUAUCUUAGUCAUAUAAUCCCUUUUUUCAUAUGAAUCACUUCUAUUUUUCCCUGUUAACAGAAACCCAAAAAUGCAUGCUGUUUUAUAUUAAAUAUUAAAUAUUUGUUUUUCUGUUUGGGGAUCAUGUUAUGUAGUUGAAAGGAUGAGCAAAACUAUAUAACACAGACCAGCUAAAAGAAAAGAACUAACUUCUUGGGAACAUUCCAUGCUGAUUUCCAAAAUCUAUUUUAUCUUAGUAUUAGAGAAAGAAAAUAAACUUUAAAAGAAUUCCAUUAUAAUUAGGAUUAGUAUAUUAAAUAGCCAUUUUAGUUACAGAAUGGAAGGUGAUAGAGUGCAUUAUAAUUAUUGAGACUUUUGAACCUAUGUGUUUGGUAGACAGCAAGACAUAAUUACUUGAUUUUUCUCUUAGCAGAUUUAAAAUACCUAUUAGAGACGAUUUUCUUUUCCACUACAGCUUGAUCUGCCUGACUUAACAGUGCCAAAUUUUUUUAUGUAAUUACUGUUUAGUUUGGGAGUGAGAGCCUUUCUGUUUCCUACUUGUCAAAACUGCUCUUAGAAUCUUUAUUUUACUCCUCUAAGUUGUCAGCAAGGUAAGUGGACAUGGGGAGCUAAUAUUCCUUUCUGGAAUUCUGUUUUAGUAGAGACAAGUCCUGUAUCAGGGUAGAAAAGUUCAUAUAGAGGACUCAUGCCCUCUCCCUUAAGUAAACAGAAACUUUUAUUUGAGUGCUUGAUUAUAAAGAUUGUUUUAAACAAGGUUUUUUUGGGGGGGUGGGAAGGGGGCAGACAUUUUGUAUGAGGAAAUAGUUUUAUGUGGCAAAAUGAAAAUUAAAGUUACUCAUAGUUACUCUUAAAAAAUUUUUGCCAUGUAUAUAAUUUUAAAAAUCAUAAUUUGCAUAGUUUAUAUAAAGUCUUGAAGCAUUGAGAAAAAGGUUGCUAUAGUUUAAUAGCUUUUUGUCAAUAUAGAAAACUUUUUAUAAAAUUUUGUGUGAAGAAUAAUGAUAAGCACAACUGAAAUGAACAAAGGUACUGAUACAAUUCUUAGGGAAUUAUAAGUCUAAAAUUUAGUUACAAUAAAUUAGUCACAAUGAUAAAAUAAAAAUAUCAAAGCCUCUUACUUUCAUCCAAGUGAUCUUAAAUGUUGGGAAAAGUUUACUUUUUAUAGCUUUAUAGUUAAUGAAAUUGACAUUUUUAUCACAUCUAUAAAAUUAAAAUACAAAAUUGGGACAAAAUUUUGAUAUUUUAAAAAUUAGUUUGGCCUAUUUGAUAAAUUGAUAGAUUAGCACUAUCAGGUUUUAUCAGUGAGUAUACUGUAUCUAUUGUCUUAAGGUACUGUCUUCAGGAAUGUGUAAAACUGAAAAAAAAUAAGUGUUAAAAGCUGUUAUUGCUGAGGUCUAUGAUAUUGCACCCAAGUACAGUUUUGAAUUAAAAAUGAAUGGUGCAAAGUGAUUUGUUAAAUCAUUUUUGGAACAUCUAGCAUGUGCUUUGAUAGCUUAGCAUAUUUAAGUGUUUUAGUAUAUGUGAAAUGUUUAUUUGGUUAAUUUAUUUAAAAAUGUGUAUUAUUUGUUAAAUAUGCACUGUUGAAAGUUUUGGAGUCUUUGAAAUAAAUUCUCUAGAUUUUUACAUAAAGGAUUUAAAUGCUCAAAAUGCUUCACAAUUGAUCUCUAAAAAAUAAAACAUUAAUGAAA